CUCCAACCCCUGCUCUCUCCUUCCGCGCGCUCGGCCCAUCCCUCGUCUUCAUCUUCUCGCCGUCCUGCUCGCCGUCGUGUGGUCGGCAUCGUCCAUCGCGGCAACGCACUUUGCCCAGUGCCCCAGAGUUCGAAGGUCCUAAUGGUUAUGUUUGGUGGCUUUGGAAAGUAUGCCUGCACUUUGUAUGUUGAGCAGUGAAAGCUAAUUCAAUCGAAAAGGUUGAGUCCGUGAUUCUUCAGUUUGUUGAGGCAUUAAGAACAAUACUAGAGUGGUUCGAUGACCGGACCAGUUUUCAGAACCUUGAGAAAGACAGAGCUGAACAGAACAGAGUAUCCAAGUUCCAGUGUUUGGUGCUGGCUGCUGUGUUAUUGUUCAACCAUGUUCAAUGGCAUACCAGUGCACAACACCACUUCAGAGACCAUUUCCUUCGAUAUUUGAAUGUACUCUUCAGCAAAUAUGAGGCUUCUCAACAACCUGCGAACAAAGACACUUAAGUGUUUUGUCUCUUCCGUGGCCGCAACCUCACACUCUUUAGCUCCCACUUUUCCCCGAACUUCCCCUCCCAUCAGAAUAUUCUCCUCCUUUUCGCAUAAAGAUUCGAUUUUGAUCCCACCCACCAAGACCCAUCUCUAUGCUUUCUUCUUCUGCACCCUCAUUCGCCUCUACGUGGUCUGUGGCAGGUUUUGCAAAGCCUCUUGUGCUUUCUCUUCCAUGUGUGGACUUGGUCUUGUUCCUGUUUUGCCUUUGUGGAAUAGGCUCUUGUAUGAAUUCAAUGCUUCUGGUUUCGUUUCUCAAGUAAAGGUUCUGUUUUCCGAAAUGGUCUUCCGUGGUGUUGUGCCUGAUGUUUUUAGUGUCAACAUAUUGGUUCAUUCUUUAUGCAAAGUUGGAGAAUUGGAUUUGGCUUUAGAGUAUCUUAGGAGCAAUGAUGUUGAUACUGUUACGUAUAAUACUGUGGUUUGGGGUUUAUGUGUGCAAGGAUUGGCAGAUCAGGGGUUUGGUUUGUUGUCUGAGAUGGUUAAAAGAGGGAUAAGUGUUGAUUCAAUUACCUGCAAUAUCCUGGUUAAGGGGUAUUGCAGAAUUGGAUUGGUUCAAUAUGCAGAGUGGGUGAUGUACAAUUUAGUUGAUGGGGGUAUUCCAGAAGAUGUUAUAGGCCUCAACACAUUGAUUGAUGGGUAUUGUGAAGCUGGACUAAUGAAUCAUGCAUUGGUUUUGAUGGAGAACGGCUGGAGGGGUGGCAUCAGGCCUGAUAUUGUUACCUACAAUACUUUGCUCAAAGCUUUUUGUAAGAUGGGCGACAUUGUGAGGGCCGAGUCUCUUCUCAGUGAGAUUUUGGGGUUUCAGAAUGAUGAAGAAUUUGGUCAAUUGAAAAACCGUUUUGUUAAAACUAAGGCUGAGAUAAGAGACUUGCAGCCAACACCUUCCACGUACACAACAGUAAUUGAUGGGUAUGCUAAGCAUAGUGGAAUUGAAGAAUCCCUUUCUCUGUAUGAGCAAAUGAUUAUGAACGGGAUCAUACCUGAUGUGGUUACUUGUAAUUCAAUUAUCUGUGGACUUUGCAGGCAUGGCAAAUUAAAUGAAGCGGCAGUGCUACUGAGGGAGAUGUACACAAUGGGUUUAGACCCUAAUCAUGUCUCGUACUCUACAGUUAUUAAUUCCUUGUUCAAAUCGGGGAGGAUAAUGGAAGCUUUUAAUCUUCAAGGCCAAAUGGUUGUUCGGGGCUUAUCUUUUGAUCUAGUUACGUGCACAAUUGUGAUGGAUGGACUUUUAAAGUCUGGAAAACUCAAAGAUGCUGAGGACAUGUUUCAAACAAUUUUAAAGUUAAAUCUUGUCCCAAACUGUGUCACUUAUUCAGCAUUGCUUGAUGGCUAUUGCAAGGUAGGAGACAUGGAACGUGCGGAGUUAGUGUUGCAAAACAUGGACAAGGAACACGUUCUUCCAAAUGUUGUUACUUUUUCUUCUAUUAUGAAUGGAUAUGCCAAAAAAGGAAUGCUCAGUAAAGCAGUUGAUGUGUUAGGGAAGAUGAUUAAAAGGAACAUUGCGCUGAAUACUUUUGUUUAUGCAAUUUUAAUCGAUAGUUAUUUUAAGGCAGGCGAACAGGAAGCUGCUGCUCACUUUUAUAAGGAAAUGAAAUCACAGGGAUUAGAGGAAAACAAUGUAAUAUUUGAUAUCUUGCUUAACAACUUGAAAAGAGUUGGAAGAAUGGAGGAAGCUGAGUCAUUAAUUAAAGAUAUGUGUUCUCGGGGUCUUUGCCCAGAUAUUGUUAACUACACUUCUCUGAUAGAUGGCUAUUUUAAUGAAGGGAAUGAAUCAGCUGCACUCCCAUUAAUCCAGGAAAUGACAGAGAAAAGCACACAGUUUGAUGUUGUUGCAUAUAAUGCUUUCAUUAAGGGGCUUUUGAAGCUUGGGAAAUAUGAUCCGCAGUAUGUGUUUUCGAAAAUGAAAGAGUUGGGUUUAGCUCCGGAUUGUACUACAUAUAAUACUGUAAUUAACACAUACUGCAUAAAAGGGAACACUGAAGAUGCACUGGGUCUCUUGACCGAGAUGAAGAGCUACGGGAUAAUGCCAAAUGCAGUCACUUUUAACAUUCUGAUUGGUGGGCUUUCUAAAGCUGGUGAAUUUGAAAAGGCGAUAGAUAUUUUGAAUGAAAUGUUGGUUAUGGGGAUUGUUCCCAUGCCAAUUACUCAUAAAUUUAUGCUUAAAGCUGCCUCAAGGAAUAGAAGAGCAAAUGCGAUUUUGCAAAUUCACAAGAUGCUUGUGGAUAGUGGCCUCACACUCAACCAGGCUGUGUAUAACACUCUAAUCACCGUAUUCUGCAGGUUAGGAAUGACUAAAAAAGCAAAUGCGGUGCUCACUGAAAUGGUGGCAAGUGGAAUUUUAGCUGAUGUUGUUACUUAUAAUGCCCUUAUUCGUGGUUACAUUGUAGGAAGUCAUGUGGAAAAGGCAUUCGAUACUUAUUCUCAUAUGUUAGCUGAUGGAAUCUCUCCAAACAUUACCACUUAUAAUACCCUUUUAGGAAGUCUUUCAACUUCUGGUUUUAUGAGAGAGGCACAUAAAUUAGUUAGCGAGAUGAAAGAAAGAGGACUCACACCGAAUGCCACUACUUACAAUAUUUUGGUUUUUGGCCAUGGUAGAGCUGGAAACAAACAGGAUGCUAUGAAGCUCUAUUGUGAAAUGAUAAUCAAAGGUUUUGUUCCCACUGUUGGCACCUAUAACGUUCUUAUUAAUGAUUAUGCAAUAGCAGGAAAAAUGCGCCAUGCUAGAGAACUGUUGAAUGAAAUGCUGACAAGGGGGAGAAUUCCUAAUUCUUCAACAUACGACAUUCUAAUUUGCGGAUGGUGCAAAUUAUCCUGCCAGCCAGAGAUGGAUAGGGAACUUAGAAUGUCAUAUCGGGCUGAAGCGAAAAAAUUGCUGAUUGAAAUGUGUGAGAAAGGACAUGUGCCAUCUGAUAGCACAAUCUCAUAUAUCAGUUCAAAUUUUUCUUUACCAGGGAAAAAGUCUGAUGCUCAAAAGUUAUUGAAGCUAUUUACUGAAAGGAAGAAUAGCUGAAAAAUGGUCUAAAAAGUGGGUCAUAAAUGUUAAUCCUUGAAGUGGAGUGAGGAAGUUGGAGGACUGCCAAUAUCUUUAAAUUUGGGUAUAAAGGUUGAUGAUCUUGAGACGAAUCAUUUUGUUCUUGUUCAUGGAGGUGGUUUUGGUGCUUGGUGUUGGUACAAAACUAUAGCACUUCUAGAAGAAGCUGGUUAUAAAGUAUCCGCCAUAGAUUUAACCGGUUCUGGAGUUCAUUCAUUUGAUACAAACAACAUAAAGAGUCUCUCACAAUAUGUGAAGCCACUUACUGACUUUGUUGAAAAACUUCCUGAAGGAGAAAAGGUAAUCUUGGCUGGACAUGAUUUCGGCGGGCAUGUAUAUCGUAUGCGAUGGAGCUGUUU